AUGGGAAGUGUGGCUAAUGUAGAUGAAGGGAAGAGGGAGUUAGUGAAAGAUUUUCACUGGUUGGCUAGAUUAGGGGUGAAGUUGAGUGGUACCAAUGGUGGUGGUAUAGUUGUUCAUAAUGGGUCUGAAUCCUCCUUUGGGGUGGAUGUCAAGUCAAAGCAACACCUCGACCUGACAUUUGUGGAGUUAAAGAGGUUGGUGAAGGAGAAGAAGGGUAAUAGUGUCCAAGCUAUUGAUGAUGUUGAGUCUAGUGAAGCGGAAAGCGAUAGCGUAGAUAAGGAGAGUAGUAGAGAUACCCUUAGUAGAGAUGAGGUUGAUGAUCUCCUAUCCUUACCAAUUUAUUCAAGAAAUAUCUCUGAGCUUGCUGAAGUUAAUGAAGAAUUUGAAGCAGCAGUAUAUGAAUACCUUGCAGCAUCAGUUGAUGAAUUGAACGAAGAAAAGAAAGAAGAAGAAAAAGAGAAGGAAAAGGCAGUUUAUGAAUUAGAAGAACAGAAGAAAGAAGAAGAAAAAGAGGAGAAGGUAGAAGAUGAGGAAGAGAAGAAAGAAGAAGAUAAAGAACAAGAGGAUGAGAAGAUGUAA